CUCGGAUAUUGAAAAGAAAUCCACAGACCAACCACGCGUCCUUCUCUCCGAUGCUCUGUGUCUCGUAAGGUGUUCUUCGAGGGCAACGACAAUGGCCUCUGCAGCCAAACCCAUCACCAUAUCCAUCCUCCUCCUCCUCCUCUUCUUCUUCCUUACCAUUUCUCUCUGCAAAUCCAGAGAGGAAUAUCCAACACCAGCCCCAUGGCCGCACCAAUUCCACUCCAUAAUCUUCAUGAACAACAGCGGCUCCCUACAGAUAGUCGAUCUCUGGUACGAUUGGCCCAAUGGCCGGAACUUCAACAUCAUACAGAACCAGCUGGGCAAGCUUCUAUACGACCUUGAAUGGAACAAUGGUACUUCCUUCUUCUACACAUUGGACUCGAACAAAGAGUGCAGGACCAUGCACUUUGAGGUGGGUAGUCUUCGCCCAAAUUGGCUCGACGGCGCCAACUAUCUGGGUCAGCGCCGAGUCGAUGGCUUCCUCUGCAAUGUUUGGGAGAAGGUGGACUUCAUUUGGUACUAUGAGGAUGUCGUCUCCAAGAGGCCCGUUCGUUGGAUUUUUUACACGGGGAUGGAUGCACAUGUGAUGACGUUUGAAGUGGGAGCCGUGCUCGAGGAUGCCCAGUGGCAAGCCCCUCUGUACUGUUUCGACAGGAGGGGUAAUGGAUCCGACCCAACUGCACUAUUUGCCAUCACCGGCGCUUCUCGGGAGCAUUUUCUGGGUGGAGUACUUCGAGGCUCCAGUAAUAAACUCUGAGGAUGAAAGGAUGACAUGCCCUUGUCUCAAUCGAACUUUAUUCGGGAAGUUGGAAAAUUCCAGGGUGCUCGAAGUAUACAAUGAAACGGAAAAGGAAGUGUUUUUUAUAUUUUUACUGUUCUUAAAAAAAACAAAAAUCUCUUUAUUGUCUUCAAGCAUACGAUGGGAAGCAAUUAUGUUCAAAUAUAGAGAGGACUGUCAAAUUCUCUGUUACAAUUAUGUGGCUGCCUAGCAAUGGGUUGCAUUCUGCAUGGUAAAAAAGAACUUUGUUGUAGAAGCCAGUAUAAUCUAAAGCACGAUAUUUACUUUC